AUGUGGGGAUAUGAUGCCAGAAAUCACAGAAGAGUGCCUUUAGUCCAUAAUGGAAAGCUCAGUCAUAGAAUAGAUGAAUGUAAUAAAUCCACAAAUAAUUUUCCUCGAAAGGAGAGUGUCUCUGCAAAAAAUAAUACAUACCAAUAUUUCAUGCAUGAUGAGCCAUUUAUAGGCAAUUUGCUGAAACUGAAAAAUAACGUAAAUGAUGCUGGAAAGGACUAUACAAUGUGUCUGGAAGGUAAAACUCAAUUAAAUUUGCAGGCACAGCAGGCUGAACUGCAGAGAUUUCAAACUGAGGAGAAAAUUUAUGAAUGCAAUCAAGUUGAGAAAUCUAUCAACCAUGGUUCCUCAUUUUCAACACUUCAACAAAUUCCUCCCAGUGUUAAAAAUAUAUGUAAUAAAUAUAAGAAGGCUUUUAGCAAAAGCUCAUACCUCUCAAAUCAUGAGAGAAAUCGUUCUGGACAGAGACCUUACAACUGUGAUGAAUGUGGCAAAGCUUUUACCCUUUUUGUAAGCCUUAAAAGGUAUCAGAUAAUCCAUACUGGAGAGAAACCUUGCAAAUCUAGUGAGUGUGGCAAGGCCUAUAGGCAAAAGUUACACCUUGAAAUUCAUCAGAGAAUUCAUACUGGGGAGAAACCUUACAAAUGUAGUGAAUGCAGCAAAGACUUUGCUAGGCAGUCAAGGCUUACUCAACAUAAGAGAAUCCACGCUGGAGAGAAACCUUAGAAAUGUAAUGAGUGUGGCAAGGUAUGUAGUCAAAAGUCACGUCUUACAGUUCAUCAGAGAAUUCCUACUAGAGAGAAACCUUACAAAUGUAAUGAGUGUCUCAAAGCCUUUGCUGAUUGGUCAGGAUUUGCUAGGCAUAAGAGAAUCCAUACUGGAGAGAAACUUUACCAAUGUAAUGAGUGUGGCAAAUCUUGUACCCAAUUUUCAUGCCUUAAAAAACAAGAAAAUCUAUACUGGAGAGCAACCUUACAAAUCUAUUGA